AGUACGGGGAUGAGUUUGUGCAGCGGACAGGUAUCAUAACUCGACCCGCCCGUUGCCAUCCCUUGCACUGACUUGAGGCUCCGAGAAUUCAGUCACCAAGAAUGCAGUAAUCUCCGUUUCGCAGCGCUUAGAGCUACUCAAGUCAAGAAGAGUUACCACGUUUGCUUUCAGCGGCAAAUACCCAAACACGUCGUUACAAACUCCAUAUAUUUAAUCGCGAACUUGCGUUGGGUUGUACAAUCUAUUCGAAACGCCCUCAGUCCUCAACGUUUGAAAUGGACAACCUCAGCGAAGAAGAAGAAGAACUCGGAACUGAGCAACUCAGAAGCACCACCUUCCAACGAUUAAAGUCGUUCUCCUUGCACCUUCUCGACCUUUUGCAGAACCCUCACAUUGAGAAUCAGAAGCACUCUUCUGUCACCGUAAUCCCCCAACUCCUUCGUUUCCUUCGCAAUUCUUCGCCCUCUACUUUGCAACCUUUCUUCGACUACACUCUGUUUCCGUUGCUUCUGCUCCUCGAUGGAGCGAUUCAGUGCAGAACAACGCAGAAACUUGAAUCUGAGGAAAAGUAUACUAUGCCUGAUGUUCCGAAAACACCUGUUCAAGUGAGUGAUGGCGUUGCUGAAGGAGUGGUUAAUUGUUUGGAGGAGCUUCUGAGGAAGUGUCAUUUGAGUUCUGUUGAUCAGAUGGUUGUGCUGCUAAAAAAGUUAACAUACGGAGCCAUGUUAUCACCCACUGAGGCUUCAGAGGAGUUUCGUGAAGGAAUUUUAUUGUGUGUCAAGGCACUAUUUUUGAGUUUAUAUCCCUGUUCUGACGUGUCUUGCUUGUGUAAAAAAAUAUCUGGUUUGCCUGCACUUUCGGAUGGAAUUUAUAAUAAUAGGCUUCAUAAAACUUUCAAGAAUGAUUCGGAAUCAGAAGAAUGUUUACUUGCAUAUCUCCAGUCUCAAUUUGCGUUAGCUGCUGUUGGACACUGGCUAUCACUUCUUCUCAAAACUGCAGAUACAGAGGCAGCUAGGGGACAACGGGGUUCUGCAAGAAUUCGAAUUGAAGCAUUCAAAACUCUGAGGGUGCUUGUUGCAAAGGUUGGUUCUGCAGAUGCAUUAGCCUUCUUUUUACCUGGCAUUGUUAGUCAGUUAGCUAAAGUUUUGCACAAUACAAAAACAAUGAUAAGUGGGGCUGCUGGUAAUGUGGAAUCUAUUGACCAUGCAAUCAGAGCUUUGGCAGAGUUUCUUAUGAUAGUCCUCCAGGAUGAUGCUAAUGCACCUGCCCUGGAUAUUGAAGCAUCUUCAGACUUUGAUUCAAAUGAGUGUAAUUCUACACUUUCUCUUUUGGAGGAGCUUCGUCACUUGCAGGUUAAAAAUUUUGAUAAAACAAAGGCUUCUGAAUAUAUAGAUGUUGAGUCAGAAAAAAUCUCUGGUUCCCAAACUCAACUCCAAGAAAUAGGGAAUACUGAUCCUGACAGAGAGAACUUGUCAUUCUAUGUGAAUCGAACAAAAGGUUGGAUGCAGAGGACGUCAGCACAUGUAAAUAAGUUGUUGAGUGCAACAUUUCCACAUAUCUGUAUUCACCCUUCAUCAAAGGUGAGAAAAGGACUUGUUGAUGCCGUAAAAGGACUCUUGUCAGAGUGCUUCUAUAUCCUGGGGGAAAGUAGACUGAUGCUUUUGGAGUGCUUAUGCGCCUUGGUUGUUGAUGCAUCUAAUGAUGUUUCUUCAACUGCACAAGAUUUCCUUGAGUGCUUGUUCUCACAAAAUUUGAAACAUGUUGUCAAACGCAAUGCUGCUGAGAUAUUUAUCAGGCACCUUGAAAAGCUUCCUAGAGUGGUGCUUGGCCAUGAGGAGUCACUUGCUGUAUUACAUGCUCAGCAACUACUAACAAUAAUAUUUUAUUCCGGUCCUCGUCUAUUAGUGGAUCAUCUUCAGUCUCCUGUUGAAGCUGCUAGAUUCCUGGAUUUGUUUGCUUCAUGUCUAAGCCAUAAUUCAGUGUUUUCUGGUUCGCUUGAAAAAAUCACUUCAACAGAUCGAGCAUCAACCCUGGGAUAUCUUCCCUCCAUAGCUGAGUUGAAAUCUGGAGCUAAUUUCUUGAAUCAUGGCUUCCCUCUUAUAAAUUAUAGUUUAUGUGAUGUUCCUAAGCACAGGCUUAUUGAGGAAAAAAGUAUAGAAGAACCUGUAAAAACUGCUCAAAAUAACUAUGAGGUUCCUCGCAUGCCCCCUUGGUUUAAUUAUGUUGGUAGUCAUAAGUUAUACCAGCCUCUUGCAAGGAUUCUUCGAUUUGUGGGUUUAUCUUUAGUGGCAGAUCAUAUAAGUGAAGGGCUUCUGUCGCAUGUGAUUGAGACCCUUCUUGGUUACUUCCGUAAAUUGGUUUCCGAGCUUCGUUUAAAAGAAUACAAUAAAGAAAGCUGGCAGUCUUGGUAUGACAGGAAUGGUUCUGGACAGUUAUUGCGGCAAGCUAGCACAGCUGCAUGCAUGCUAAAUGAAAUGAUAUUUGGUCUAUCAGAUCAAGCAACUAAUGAUUUUGCUGGAAUAUUUCAUAGUUCUAGUGUAAGCAGAGGAGUUCGGGUUGAGUCUAACAAACAUGAUUGUGCAUUUCAACCAUCUUUCUGGAAGAUGCCCAAUGAUAAAGGUGUAAAGAGUUAUUUAGUUGAGUGCAUUGGUGGGAUCUUACACGAGUAUUUAUCUGCUGAGGUUUGGAAUGUUCCAAUUGAUCGCAGAAUUGCUGACUUGCAGCUUAUUGCUGCAGUUGAAGAAGAUAUUAGUCUAUACUUUUUCCAAGAUGCUGCAAUGCUACGUGAGGUUAUUAUUGAUGGAGUAGGAAUCUUUAAUCUAUGCCUUGGAAGAGAUUUUGUUUCAAGUGGAUUUCUUCAUUCUUCACUUUAUUUAUUGCUGGAGAAUCUUAGUUCUUCAAAUUACCGAGUUAGAAAAGCAGCAGAUUCUGUCUUGCAUAUACUUUCCACUACAUCUGGCUGCCCAACAGUUGGACAGUUAGUUUUGGAAAAUGCAGACUAUGUGAUUGAUUCAAUAUGUCGGCAAUUACGUCAUUUGGACCUUAAUCAUCAUGUGCCAAAUGUGCUAGCAUCCAUGCUCUCCUACAUUGGAGUGGCUCACAAGAUAUUGCCUCUACUUGAGGAACCGAUGCGAUCUGUGUCAGCGGAACUUGAAAUACUGGGUAGACAUCAACAUCCUGAUCUAACAGUUCCAUUCUUAAAGGCAGUAGCAGAAAUUGUGAAGGCAUCAAAACAUGAAGCUUUCCUGUUGCCCCAGCAGGCUGAGUCGUUUACCAGAGAUGUCAGGUCUAUAAUCUCCAAUUCGGAAGAAACAACACAAGACCAGUGGGAGGACAUUUUAUUCAUGUUAAAUGAUUCUAGAAGAUAUAGACGAACAGUUGGUUCUAUUGCUGGUUCAUGUAUUACUGCUGCAAUUCCACUUCUAGCAUCAUUCAAGCAAGAGAUAUGUUUGGCUGCCCUGGAUAUAAUUGAGAGUGGCACGUUGGCAUUGGCAAAAGUAGAAUCAGCUUAUAAACAUGAAAGAGAAAUUAAGGAAGCAACAGAAGAAGUGCUGCAAUCACUAUCAUUGUAUCAGCUGAAGGAUACUUUGGAUGUUAAUGAAGAAGGGGCUGAUGAGAACAGGCUGCUUCCGGCAAUGAAUAAAAUAUGGCCAUUCCUGGUUACUUGUAUUCAGAACAGGAACCCAGUGGCUAUCCGGAGAUGUUUGAAUGUGAUCAGCAAUGUAGUGCCAGUUUGUGGAGGAGAUUUCUUCACACGUCGUUUCCACACUGAUGGAACACACUUUUGGAAACUUCUGACCACGUCCCCAUUUCAUAAAAUGUCAUAUUUCAAAGAUGAGAAGGCCCCUUUACAACUACCUUACAGACGCAGUCCCGUGAGUUCAGAGGAUUCAUUGGCAGAGACGUCCUAUCUUAAGGUUCAGAUUGCAGUGCUAAACAUGAUUGCUGAUUUAUGCCGUAAUAAGAGCAGUGCCUCUGCAUUAGAACUUGUUCUGAAGAAGGUAAGUGGUCUGGUUGUGGGGAUAGCUUGUAGCAGUGUUGUUGGACUUCGAGAUGCUUCUCUGAAUGCCCUCCAUGGACUUGCAUCUAUUGAUCCUGAUCUUGUGUGGCUUCUCUUAGCUGAUAUAUACUACACUAAGAAGAUAGAAACUUCGCCUCCACCUACACCAGAGUUACCAGAAAUCUCUGAAAUUCUCCCUCCUCCCAUAUCACCCAAAGAACAUCUAUAUGUGCAGUAUGGAGGACAGAGUUAUGGUUUUGACAUAGAUUUGGCUUCUUUGGAUAUUGUUUUCACAAAAAUUGACUCUCAAUAUCAGAUGUAUAGCUAAUAUCUGAAUUAGCUUAUAUAAAAUUAUUUGUAGCUUUUCUAUCCCAUUUACAC